CCGGGGGAGGGCUGGGCGGGGCGGGGCGGCGCUGGGGGGGCGGAGGGGGAGCAGCCAGGCGGGGCGGGGGUGCGGCGCACCUUGCUCGGCCCCCGCCCGCGCCGCCCUCCGGCUCUGGCCCGCCCGGCCCAGCAGCCGGCAGAGCGUGGGAGGACGAUGGGUCAGCGCAGGGGACCCGGGUGAGGGCGGCGGCCGCGCUCACUCGGCAGUGCGGCUCCAUGGACUCCCCGGGCGCCUUGUCGGCCAAGCCUCCCAGCGGGAGGAAGAUGAAGGCUCGUGCCCCACCUCCUCCCAGGAAGCCUGCCCACUCAAAUGUGCACAGCCAGCUGAAGCCUCAAGAUGGGUCCCUGGGCUCCCAGCAGAGCCUGCUCUCCAUGAAGGAGCAGCUGCGGAACAACAUGCUGGACAUCACAGUGGUGCUGCCUGGCGGGCUGGAGAAGAGAAGCGUGGUCAGUGGCAGGUCCAAACUGCUUUGCAGAAACGGCAGUCAUCCCCGCCGCAGGGAAGUGAAGACAGACGAGUGCACCAUCUGUCACUGCACCUACGAGGAGGGCACAUGGCGGAUUGAGCGGCAGGCCAUGUGCACCAGACAUGAGUGCAGGCAGAUGUAA